AUGAUAGAAAAUACAAAUAAUCCGGACAAAAUAAAAGAGGAGGAUUUGGAUAAUGCCUCGUUAGCAGACCCAACAGCACUGAUAAAGUUAAAAGAAGAGACGUUUGCUUCAUCAGCAGGGUUUGAUUCGUUAAAGUUCACCAAUAAUAACAACGGAGACGCCGAGGUUGCCCUAAAUGACGACGGAAUUCUACAGUCUUCAACACCAAACACUGAGAACACAAGCGCAAGCGCGACUCCCAACUCAUUUGAUCGAGGAGCAGCCGCUGCAGCUGCAGCUGGUGCGUAUGGAAAACGAUAUGGUGGACGAACAGGGUUCACUAGUUACCAGAAUGCACAACGGAUGGUGUUUGAUGGCAAGAGAAUGAGAAAAGCUAUUCAACGACGUACUGUUGAUUUUAACUGUUCGAUAGGGAAAUAUUUGCAGGAUCGAGUGUGGAUGCGCGAUAGAAGAGAUAUAAAAAUUUUAAGACCAGACACGAACUUUAUAAUAGAUCUUCUUCCACCUUCUGCUUAUCUACAUAAUCCAGUAAACGCAGUAACAACAAAAUUCGUUCAUACGUCGACAAAUAAGAAUCGAUAUCCUGUGUUUGUAGUACGGUGGACACCCGAGGGAAGGCGACUAAUCACUGGACUCUCUAGUGGCGAAUUCACGUUGUGGAAUGGGUUAACAUUUAAUUUUGAGACAAUUUUGCAGGCUCAUGAAUCAGCAGUCCGAGCAAUGAAAUGGUCUCAUAACGACGACUGGAUGGUUACCGCCGAUCACAAAGGAAUCAUAAAGUAUUGGCAAUCGAAUAUGAAUAAUUUAAAGAUAAUUAACGGACACAAGGAAGCGAUACGGGAUUUAUCUUUUGCCCCAACCGAUAAUAAAUUUGCUACUUGCUCGGAUGAUGGUACCAUAAAGAUCUGGGAUUUCAAUGAAGGGAUCGAGGAGAAUGUGUUAUCUGGCCACGGUGGAGACGUGAAGGCAGUUGACUGGCAUCCAUAUAAAGCAUUACUCGCAUCCGGUGCUAAAGAUAAUCUAGUAAAAUUCUGGGAUCCUAAAAGCGGGAAAAAUAUCGAUACCUUACACGGCCACAAAAACACAAUUGUCGGCCUUCAAUGGAACAAAAAUGGUAAUUGGCUUGGUACGGCGGCACGGGAUCAACUGAUAAAAGUUUAUGAUAUUCGAAUGAUGAAGGAUCUACAGACGUUCAGAGGGCAUAAGAAAGAAGUUUGUUCAAUUUCAUGGCAUCCAUUUCACGAACAACUACUUGCUACUGGUGGAUCUGAAGGUUCACUGAUGUUCUGGAUAGUUGGACAAGACGCGGGACCGGUCGAUUCGGUAGAAUACGCGCACGAAAAUAAUGUCUGGUCACUCGAUUGGCACCCACUAGGACACAUCUUAGUUUCAGGUUCGAACGAUCAUACUACGCGAUUUUGGACUCGACCGCGUCCCGGUGACACGGUGCAAGAUAAAUUCCAUGUGGGUAAACAGAAAGCCGAGGAAUUGGGAUUAAAAGAUGUGGAUGUUGAGGAGGAAGAUGAUUUCGUGCCUGGACUCACGUUUAUUAAUGCACCUGGUAUGAACACAUACAGUCCUCCGAUUGCACCUGGUCAACCAUCUACUUCGACAUCGUUAUAUGGACCAUCAUUGUCUUCUCUUCCACUUCCACUUGCUCCUCAAAGACAUCCGGAUUCUUUUCCACAUCCAGCAAAUGCCUCACAACAACAGCAACCUAAUAAACAACAAUCAAUGGACAUUGAUAUUAUGUCAUCGUUUUCAAAUAAUGAUUUACCAGGUCUUGGAGGACAAUCAAUGCCCCCACCGGGUGUGCAAAUUCCUCCUCAGCAACAGCAACCGCAGCAGCAAGGACACUAUCAACAAUAUCCGUUACCAUCUCAACAACCUCCGCCACAACAAACUUAUCAAGAUCAAUCACGUGGAAUGUAUCAAAGACCACCGCCACAAGCUAUACCAGGAUAUCAGCAACAACCUCCACAACAACAGCCGCCAUAUCAACAGCCAUUGCCACAGCAUCAACCUGCUCAAUGGAUGCAACAGGCACAACAAAUUCCUCAACAACAGUUACAGCCACCACCAUUACAAUCGCAACAGCAAAUGGGAAUAGGCAUGGCGGUGGGAGGAUACCAACAAGGACCUCCACCUUUACAGCAACAAAGAUGGAAUCCAGUUCCAAGUGGAUAUAAUCAACCUAAUCCUGACGGAGGAACAAAUGUAGUACCCUCGGACAGACUACCAUCAUCAACAAUAAAAUCAAAAGCUCCACCACCAUUAUCACAAGUCGCUUCAAGACCAGGAUGGGAAAAUAAGGACAUGAGUAAUUCCGAAAUAAUAACUCUACCAUCACCUGCCUUCUCAAAACAUAGUAAAAAUACUUACUCUGUCACCUCCUCCUCUUCAUCAAAAUCACGUUCGCCAUUGAGUAACGUAAUGGAAUAUAUCGAUGAUGAUUCUGCGUCGAUCUCUUCAAUGGCAUCUUACACACCACCUUCUUCCGUCACAACUUCAAUAUCUUCGUCGUUACAUAACGAAUUUAUUAGUUCACGGAAAAUCUAUUAUGGUGGUGGUGCAACACAGAAUGGAAGGUCGCCACCUCCACAGCAGCAGCAACACCACACACCCUUACCUCAAUCACCAACCUCUCCAACCUCCCCUCAUUCACCUACCUCUCUUCAAUCACCAACCUUACCUCAACCAUCACCACCUCUAUCACAAUUAAAUCAAGAUCCUGCAACAGAGUUCUCGGAUAUCGAGAAAAAUGGAAAUGAUGGAAUCAACAAACCAAUAUUUCCGGACAAUAAUCCCAUUAAUAGCGAAUCAUUGAAAAAAUUGCCAACAAAUAAGAUACUAGAUACGAGAAUAAGAAAACGACAAUCUGGUCUAUUAGAAAGUCCAACAAAAGAUCGUCCAUUUCCGCCGAAAUCACGAAAACCCUCAAUAACGCAACUUCCCGGUGAUUCAUGGGAAACAAAACAAAAAUAUGAACAACAGCUUCAGCAGCGGGAGGAACAGCAUAUACCAUUACCAAUUAAAUUGCCCGAGACUCUUGAAUCUCAAAUAACCGAAACUAUACUAUCACCACCGCUUCCUCUUUCCCCUCUUGAUAAACUAUCUCAAGGACUUAUCAAAUUCUCACAACAACAUUCUGGAUCUCGUCAGCAAUCUUUGAUGGUUCGAUCCGUUACUCCUGUUUCCGCAAAAUUCACCAACCCUAUGUAUUCUGCCAUAGAUGUGUUACAGAAUUCAAUGCUCUCGAUGAAUUCUAUCGAUAAUACUAUUCUUAAUGGCGGGGGAUCACUCAUUACGAAUUCUGAUAAUUAUGCGGUUUAUAAUCCAACAGUGUAUACGGAACGAACAGAUCAGCAGAAACCACUUAGUCAUAGAGCUUUAUCAACUAAUUCAGAACAGAUGGAACCUAGUAGGUUGAUCGAUCGUUCUUCUACUGGUUCGUCGAUAGGAAAAUCGUUACAGCGUAUUAAGCAAGUGACUAAUAGUACGACAUCAAACACGAAAAAAUUGCAGACGAUAAAUUCAAGUAAUGAAGAAGAUGAGCAUUAUGAAGAACGCGAGACUGAACUUCCAAAGAUGCAGAUCGUGGAUAGCUUAGGCAGCGAUGCUAAUGGUAUUACUACAUCAUCACUACAUCCAGUAAAAAAAGAACCCGUCAAACGUUCCUCACGCGGUAAUAAAAAACCACCCCCCACAAAACCACAGCCACCAAAACAAUCUCUCACCGAAACACUAAUCGCAUCUGGGCAAGCAGAUAUCGCGCAUCAAGUAUUAGUAACGAGACGCGUACAAACUUCCUUAUUAAGUGACCCAAUUCCUAUUCCGCCACCCAUUCCUCAAUUCAAUAAACAGCCACUAAGAAAACCUAAAAAACAUAUAGCUUUAAAGGAUAUUUCCACGCCACAUCUUGUAUCUAGCUCUUCGAAUGUGAAAAGUGUUCCGAUUGUUCAUUUGUCGCGUGAAGAUGAUUUACAGAAUGAUGUUCCAAAUGGCAAUGUUCGAAGAAAAUUUUCAUUGCGAGAUUCUGAAUCGAGUCUUGGAAAGAAAUUCUCAAAGAAGCUCAAAGAUGUAUUCAGUGGUGAUAAUGAGGUGACAAAAAAUGGCAAGAAGCAAAAACGUAAUUUUGAAUCAUCGUCGCCGAAUUCUUCUAGCGAGAAUUUACCGAGAAAAUUUACUUCCGAAGAAAAUUUGAGAAAACGAUAUAUGGCCCCGAGCAAAAAUAAUGGAGAAAUAAAUAGUCGAAAGACGUUUCAUGAUAUUCAUCAGAAUGGUCGCAAAGGAAACGUUAAUAAUCUCGCGUACCUUGUAAAUACUAAUAAUUGCACGACACUGUUGACUGAUAUACAACCUGAAAUGUCGGAGACAAACAGAGUAGCUCACAGUGAUAUAAACAACCAUGAAGCACCGUUUCAAGCUCUAUAUAAUAAUAGGUGGGUUGUAAGUGAUUCAGAAUUGGUAAAAGAUCCGAGUCGCAAUAAAAAUAAGCUUCCGAAAAAGAGUGAAUCUUCGGAUAAACUGGCUCCCUUGUACGAUAUUGAUGGAAUUAAACGACAUGCAGAAAUGGUGACAAAAUAUUCUAGUGCCAAGAAAGCAGGAACAGAAGCGCGAGCAUCAUCUCAAUCGGAAAAUUCUCAAGAUUCAUCGUCGAAUAAUUCAACAGCUGACAAGAAAUCAUCAUUAAACAGAGACAAUUGGCCUGAACAAACAUAUGAUGAAAAUACCAUACUAACUUCACCGCCACAGAAACUUAGUGUUCAGAUACCUCUUUCAGGUUUCGGUACCCCUCAACCACAACCAAUUCUAUAUAACGAUCAACCUCACAAUUUUGCAAUUAGUUCACGAGAUACUUUUGGAUCCGACAGUUUACCGAGUCCAUUAUCAACAUAUAGCCCAACAUCUAUUGUAAGUGAUGCCACUUCAGGUAGAAUAUCACCGCCACCAAUUGCACCACGUAAUCCACUUCGUGGUAAUUUUCAACAACAGUGGAAUCAACCUCCAGAGUCAAGAUCCCGUCGCAAUGACUCUAUGAAGAGUAAUCACAGUGACAAUAAUACAUUGGACGGAGGUGAUAAACGAGGAUCAAGAGGUUCUCGAACUUCGAGUCGUUUAUUAUCAAUUUUUCAUCAUCGGACAAAUAAUGGAAGUGGAAAAGGUUUUAAAAAUAAACGAACUAGCAAUAAUUCCAGCACUGAUAAACAUAAUAGUGGUGACAUUAGUGAAAAGAAUAAUAAUGGAUUGGAUCUUAUCCAAGCAAAUUUCACAGAUGAAAAUAAAAAUACUAAAAAGCCCAAAAAUAAAAUUGUCCGUCGAACUAUUAUUAUCACAAAGUCAUCUCUACCGCCGCUGCCUGACGAAUCAGAAGAAUCAGAAGCCACCGUUUCGAUAAAAUUAGCACAUCGAGCUAGUCGGCAAGUUUCGCUACGAAAGAAAAAGAUUGGUUUAGACGGUGGAAUACAUGUUAGUUCUCAUGGUAAGAAAUGGUAUCUAACAAAAGAGGAACAAAAUUCGGAGAAACUGCAGCCAAUAAAAUCAGAUGUUAAAGAAGAUAAUAAUGAAACUGAAAAUGAUAAUAGUAAUACAAAGGAUGGAAUAUCCGGGGACAUUACUAGUGACAUUACAAGUGAUAUUGAUUCAACCGCUAAUAAUAGUGACAGAAAAUCUAUAACAAGUAAUAAUACUAGUAAUCGAACAAGUAUGAGCUCUACGAAUCUUCUAGCUGUACCGAUCAAACGAAAAUCAAUCAAUCGGCCUCCGACUCCAUUACCAUCGCCCGGUUCUCGACAAAGUGGUUUGGAACUUCCUUAUGGAAUCCCGAUACCACCCAUCCCGGAUAAACACGAUAGUUAUCUAUCAUUGAAUACUCCAUUGUCUGUUAAACGAAGUAGCAAGACAAGUAUGACAUCCACGUUAUCAUCUGGAAGUCGUAAACGUAAAUCACUGGGUGGUAAAAGUAUAUACAGCACAUAUGGUGAUAGUCUAUACGAUUAUUAUGAUUAUUCCGAUCAAGAAGAUGCUGAUAAUGAAGGUAAAGAUGUUCAAAAUAAAGACCAAAAACAGGAAGAAAAAUCCGAAAUUGGUGAAGAAUAUCACAAACGAGAAAUUAUAUCUGAUGAUGAAUCAAUAAAUCCCGAAGAAGGCUUGUUCGUUCCAAUAAAUGUUAAUGAAAAAGAGUUGGUUGAAAAGCUGGAAAAAGAAGAGCAUGUAGAACUAUUAGAGUUGGACGAUGGUUCAUUGAUAUGGCAAGUGGUAAAUGGGCUCCGGGGGGAUGACAUGAUAAACCGAUAUAGCUAUUUUUACAAUGCCGGUGACGAGGAAGAGUAUAACGACUCGCAAAUGUGGGCAAGAGAAUUUGGCGAAAGUGACGACGAGGAAAUGAUGGAAUCAGAAUUACGGACACUUGAUUCUAAAUUAAAUAGUUUUGAUUAUUCCCAAGGUGGUUAUCUGAGUCCAUUACACGUAUCCGAUGUGCAGCCGUCUUCAAUACACAAUCGUGAUAGUAAUCGUAGCCCUAAUCGAGAUUUACAUGAACAGUGGACACAAUCUAAUGGCUCAACUUUCUCUUACGAAGACGGUACGAACAUUAUACCGCGAACUAGUGUAUAUAUAGCAAAAGAUGUUCCUUUGCCGCGGCUAUUAGAAGAAAUGACUAGAGGAUUGGGCAGUGUUGAUUUAAGCUGGGGAACUGGUGGAUAUAGAUAUGGAAGUGCAGUUCCUGAGGAAGAAAGAGAAUUGGAAUAUGUUAGUGAUGAUGAUGAUAAUGUAAUUGGUGACGCUGUUGGUGGGUUUGGCAUGACUGUCGAAGAGAAACUGGAGCAAGUGAUGAGAGCUUUGGGAGUUGUUGAUAGGGAUGCAUUUUCUAUCGAAUAA